AUGGGAAAAGGUGGAAACUUGAGUGAAGGGGUUGUGAAGAAAAUCUUGCUUUCAUACACUUAUGUUGCAAUUUGGAUUUUCUUAUCAUUCACUGUGAUUGUGUACAACAAGUACAUCUUGGAUCGUAAGUUAUACAAUUGGCCUUACCCAAUUUCACUAACAAUCAUUCAUAUGGCUUUUUGUUCUUCAUUGGCAUAUCUUCUUGUUCGUGUGUUCAAAGUUGUUGAACCUGUGACAAUGACAAUGGAUCUUUAUUGCAAAUCUGUGGUACCCAUUGGUCUGCUUUAUGCAUUUUCACUGUGGUUAUCAAAUUCUGCAUAUAUAUAUCUGUCUGUAUCUUUUAUUCAAAUGCUUAAAGCUUUGAUGCCUGUUGCUGUGUAUUCAAUUGGGGUUUUGUUGAAGAAAGAUACAUUUAAAUCUGAUACAAUGGGUAAUAUGGUGUCGAUUUCAAUUGGGGUUGCUAUUGCUGCUUAUGGAGAAGCUAAAUUUGAUACAUGGGGUGUCAUGUUACAGUUAGGUGCUGUAGCUUUUGAGGCUACAAGAUUGGUUAUGAUACAGAUUUUGUUAACAUCAAAGGGUAUUACAUUUAAUCCAAUUACUUCACUGUAUUACGUUGCGCCUUGCUGUUUGGUUUUCUUGUUCAUUCCAUGGAUUUUUGUGGAAUAUCCACUGUUGAAGGAUACAUCUAGUUUCCAUUUUGAUUGGGUCAUCUUUGGUACUAAUUCCUUCUGCGCGUUUGCUCUCAAUCUUGCUGUGUUUUUGCUUGUUGGGAAGACAUCUGCUUUGACUAUGAAUGUUGCUGGUGUGGUUAAGGAUUGGUUGUUGAUUGCCUUUUCAUGGUCCGUCAUUAAGGAUACUGUCACACCUGUGAAUUUGGUUGGAUAUGGAUUGGCUUUCUUAGGUGUGGCAUAUUACAACCACGCCAAAUUGCAGGCUCUUAAGGCGAACGAAGCACAGAAGAAGGCUUCACAGGCUGCUGAUGAGGAGGCUGGAAGAUUGUUGGAGGAAAGAGAAGGGGAGAAUGGUGCUAAGAAGAAUGAAUCUCAAGGCUGA